UGCUCUGGUUGCAGCGCUCUAUGUGUCGGACGCGCCUGGCUGUGCGGUGCAGCGUACUGCCCUGGCAGCUCCGUGUCCCGGGCCGCAGCGGAGCCGUGUGGAGCAGUAUGGAGCAGUGAUCCGGCCCCGGGCCCUGCUGGCUGUGCGCUGCCGGGGAAGCUCGCUCCGGGCGGGGACGCCGCUCUGGGAAGUUCUGCCGCGGAUCGAUCGGUCGGCUGGAUGUUGACAGAGCCGCUGCUGGCUCCACAGGCCCAGAAGACCAGGAAACACUCUGAUGUUUGAAGGAGAUGGCGACCGCCCUCAGUGGUAGGAACCCAGGUGGGCGUGGGCCAAACAGGGGCAAGGGUCGGAUCCUGGGCUUCAUCGAUGCCAUCCAGGACGCCGUGGGGCCGCCCAAGCAGGCGGUGGCUGAUCGCAGGACUGUGGAGAAGACCUGGAAGCUCAUGGACAAAGUUGUCCGACUCUGCCAAAAUCCCCGGCUGCAGCUGAAGAACAGCCCGCCCUACAUCCUGGACAUCCUGCCCGACGCCUACCAGCACCUGCGGCUCAUUCUGGGCAAAUACGAGGAGACCCAGAGACUGGCGCAGCUCAGCGAGAACGACUACUUCAAGGUCUACAUCGACAGCCUGAUGAGGAAGUCCAAGCAGGCCAUCCGGCUCUUCAAGGAAGGGAAAGACACCAUGUACGAGGAGCAGUCUCAGGACAGACGUAACUUGACCAAGCUGUCUCUGAUCUUCAGCCACAUGCUGGCUGAAAUCAAAGCCAUCUUCCCUGGAGGACACUUCCAGGGAGACUCCUUCAGGAUCACUAAAGCCGACGCUGCCGACUUCUGGAGGAGAUUCUUUGGAGAAAAGACCAUCGUGCCGUGGAAAGUCUUCCGACAGUGCCUUCACGACGUGCACCCCAUCAGCUCGGGCCUGGAGGCCAUGGCCCUCAAGUCCACCAUCGACCUCACCUGCAACGACUACAUCUCCGUGUUCGAGUUCGACAUCUUCACCCGCCUCUUCCAGCCAUGGGGGUCGAUCCUGAGGAACUGGAACUUCCUGGCGGUGACGCACCCCGGCUACAUGGCCUUCCUGACCUACGACGAGGUCAAGGCCCGGCUGCACAAGUACAUCAACAAGCCCGGCAGCUACAUCUUCCGGCUGAGCUGCACCCGGCUGGGCCAGUGGGCCAUCGGCUACGUGACCAGCGACUGCAACAUCCUGCAGACCAUCCCCCACAACAAGCCGCUGUUCCAGGCGCUCAUCGACGGCUACCGGGAGGGAUUCUACUUGUUCCCGGACGGUCGCAGUUACAACCCCGACCUGACCGGACUGUGUGAGCCGACUCCGCACGACCACAUCAAGGUGACCCAGGAGCAGUACGAGCUGUACUGCGAGAUGGGCUCCACCUUCCAGCUCUGCAAGAUCUGCGCCGAGAACGACAAGGACGUGAAGAUCGAGCCCUGCGGUCACCUCAUGUGCACUUCCUGUCUGACGGCCUGGCAGGAGUCGGACGGGCAGGGCUGCCCCUUCUGUCGCUGUGAGAUCAAAGGCACGGAGCCCAUCAUCGUGGAUCCCUUCGACCCUCGAAACGAAGGCGCCAAGUGCUUCUUCCUGGACAGACACAGCUGUCCCAUGCUGGACCUGGACGAGGACGAGGACCGCGAGGACUGCCUGGUCAUGAGUGGAUUAGCCAGCGUCCGCAAGCACUGUGCCGAGCUCCAGAACUCGCCCAUGGUGUCUCCCAGCUCCUCGCCCGGCAGCCAGCACAGGAAGGCCUACGGAGCGGACUCCAGCCACUGUGGCCCGCUCCUCGGCCUCCCCCCGGUCCCCCCGAGACGAGACCUCAUCCACAAGGCCGCCCGGCGCUCCCCCUCCGCCAGUCCCACGGCCUCGCCCAGGUCCUCUCCAGGAAUGUCCCGGAAGCAGGACAAGCCUCUACCAGCCCCUCCGCCCCCCCAGAGGGACCCCCCUCCGCCUCCCCCACCGGAGCGUCCCCCACCCGUCCCCCCCCAAACACGACACUCGUGGCUGUCCUCCCCGGCGCCCCACGAAGACGUGCCGCCCCCCCAGCCGGGCGGCAGACCGCUCAGCUGUCCACUGGGAGACGGAGGGACUCAUCUCAGGGGGGAGGGGCCGAGACCCCCGGACGGCUCCAAGCCCCUCUGCAAUGGUGUUCCAGACGACUAUGACAUCCUUCCCUCUCGACAGUCCGCUCAGCACACACCUGCCACAAGCAACAAACCGUCCAGGCCCCUCAGCGGUCCAGCAGAGCAGCAGGACGGGGACUACCAGAGCCCGCCGUCCGGCCUGUGCCGGAGCCAGGCCUCCAUCUGCAGCUCGGGGUCCAGCAGACACGCUGCGGUGGACCGCCCUGCGGUGGACCGCCCUGCAGUGGACCGCCCCGCGGUGGACCGCCCUGCAGUGGACCGCCCUGCAGUGGACCGCCCUGCAGUGGACCGCCCUGCAGUGGACCGCCCUGCAGUGGACCGCCCCGCAGUGGACCGCCCUGCAGUGGACCGCCCCGCGGUGGACCGCCCUGCAGUGGACCGCCCUGCAGUGGACCGCCCCGCGGUGGACCGCCCUGCGGUGGACCGCCCCGCGGUGGACCGCCCCGCGGUGGACCGCCCUGCAGAGGCGGCGGACAGGAAGCCCUGCGAUCCAGAGCCCUCGGCGCCACUAGGGGGCGUGGUCUCCAGGGUCCUCUGCCCUUCAGCUCCAGCCAGACCCUGUCGGACUACGACAUCCUGCUGCCCCCCCAAGAGGACGUCUUCAGCAUGGCCGCUGCGUCUCCCCCUUCCCCUCCACCUCCUCCACCCCCUCCGCCAGCACGGCACGGCCUCGGGUCCUCGUCUCCGUCCUCCUCGUCCUCGGUCGUCCCUCGAGCGCACCGGCCGUCCUCCGGCCUGGACCACGUGCUGCUGCCCCCUGACACAGUGCUGGACAUGCUGAACAGCCCGGUCCCGGUCCCGGUCCCGGUCCCGGUCCCGCUUCCUCCGGCCCGCCGCCACACGGACAAUGUCAGGAGCUCCCGAGGCUGCCUGGACCUGGACCACUGCCUGCCACACCAAGGUCCCGCCGACCUGGAGGCUCCAGCCCGGCCCCCCAAACCCCUCCCCAGGAAGAUCCCGCCGGACCUCCAGCCGCCGCCGCCCCCCCACGGUCCGGACGACAACGAAGACGCCAAGAUCGCCAAGCUGAUGGG